AUGGAAGGUCUACUCAUUGACGGCACAACCGGUUUAUUGGAAAAUUUGGGUUAUGUUGUUACUCAACAGAUUGGUAAGGCUUGGGGUGUGAAAUAUGAGCUGGAAAAACUUAAAAAUAGUUUGGAGACGAUAGCGGCCGUAACAACCGAAGCUGAGAAGCGGCAAGGGGAAUCUGAGGUUGUUAGACUUUGGUUAAGAAGGCUCAAGGAUGUUGUGUAUGAUGCUGAUGAUGUUCUGGACGAAUUUACUUACGAAGCCAGGCAUCAAAUUGAAAUGGAUGGCGAAGGAAGUAAGGUACAAGAUAUGUCUUCAUCAUCCAACUCAUUUGCAUUUCGUUUGAAGAUGGAACCUCAAAUAAAAGAUAUUAAUGAUAGGCUGUCCAUCCUAACCGAGACUAGUUGGCUGUCAAUCCUAGAGCAUGAUAGUUUAAAGACGAUAGAUGCGAGAACUAAAAUAACAUCUAUAUUGAAACUUAGCUAUGAUAAAUUACCCUCACAUUUGAAACUUUGUUUUUCCUAUUGCUCUUUAUUCCCGAAGGAUGUCGAGAUUGAUAAAAUAACUUUGAUUCAAUUAUGGAUGGCUGAAGGGUUCCUUCAUCCAUCUCAGGACGGAAAUCAAUUAUCACAAGAGGAUGUUGGUAAUCAUUAUUUCCACAGUUUAUUGGCUGAUUCUUUUUUUCAAAUUGUGAAAAAGGAUAAGUUAGGUGACAUCGAAACAUGCAAGAUGCCUGGUUUAGUACAUGAUCUUGCCCUGAGUGUCAAUGGUGUUCAUGACAUCAAAAUUGUUGAUUCAAAUGACAUAGAAUCUAUUUCCGAAUUUCGCCGUUUGCAGUUAGAUUUAGAUGCGCAAACAUCAAAAACAUUUUCAAAAGUUUUGGAAAAAGCAAAAAGAGUGAGGUCCAUUGUUUCCAUUAGAAAUGAUCGUUUGGGAGAACAUUUGCAUUAUUCCGAAAAUCUGCGGGUAGUUUGUUUGCUUCGUUGCUAUGCUUUAGAUAUUCCAUCUCAGUUACUUAAGCUUAAGCAUUUGAGGUACCUUGACCUGACUUAUUGUGAUUUUGAUGAAGGACAUCAUGUGUCAAUCCAUCAGCUUUACAACUUGCAGACAUUAGUGCUUCGUGGAUGCAAGAAUGUAGAAACAAUCCUUAAAGGAAUUGGGUCUUUAAAAAUCUUAAGGCACCUUAAUAUCCGGCAUUCGGAUGUUGAAGUGCUGACAGAUUCUAUCAUUAAGCUUACAGAUUUGCAGACAUUAGAUCUAUAUAGUUGCAAGCAUUUUGUAGCUUUACCUGUAAAUAUAGGGUCUUUAAAAAAUCUAGGAGGGUUAAACAUUGAAUGGUGUGAAAAGCUAAAUGUAUUACCCAGAGACCUUGGAUCAUUGACUCGAUUAAGGUGCCUAGAUUUGACAGGUACUGACAUCAAAGUAUUGCCUGAAUCAUGCAUUAGCAGCCUUUGCAAUUUGGAGGUAAUGGUAUUUGGAGAUUGUAAGCUUCCCAAAGAAAUAAAACAUUGGCCAAAACUGAGAGUUCUUAUACAUGAUAGAGAGCGAGGCGAAAUGCCCAUUGAUACAGAAACGUUAACUUGCAUUGAAACAUUAGAAUCUUAUAUGGUGAGGAGAAAUGGAGAAAAAACCAUCUCUUAUAGUAGUGUUAGUAUUAGUGGGAUUGAAGAAUUAGCCAACCUAAAUAAUCUGCAAGUGUUAAAAAUUGUAGACCUAGGAAAUGGUAUUGAUGCGGAGAGAGCAAAGUUAAAAGAAAAGAUAAACCUGCGUCAUUUGUGUCUAAAAUGGGGUACCUUUUUCGAGUUGUAUCAUAUGGGUUUCGAUGAGGAGGCGGUGUUGGAGGGUCUGGAACCUCACCCUAAUUUGAGAGAGUUGGAAAUAUAUGGAUUCAAGGGGAAAAGGUUUCCGAAAUGGAUGAGUUCUUCUAAUUGCCUUCCCAAUUUGGUGAAACUAAAUCUUUCGGGUUACAGUGGAAGUGACAGUCUACUAUCGCUAGGUAUGCUCCCAUGUCUUGAGGUUCUUGAAAUUUGUAUGGCGUACUAUGUCGAGUUUUUGGGUGAAGAGUUUUAUUACCAGCAAGAAGAAAUCAGCAGCACAACUACAAUAUCACUAUUCCCUUCGCUAAUUCAUUUGAACGUUCGAGAUAUGGAAACUCUGAAAGAAUGGGUUGUUCCAAUUUACAAUACAUUUCCUUCCCUUGAGAAGCUAGAAAUCUUCAACUGUCCAAAACUGAGAAGCAUACCUAAUUCAUUUCCUUUCCUUAAGAAAUUGUAUUUAAUGGAUAAUAACAGCGAGGCAGUCGCUGCAAUUUUAGCUACCGGAGGACUUACCUCCGUCACCUUUCUUGAAAUAAGAGAAUCUCCUCAGUUACUAUAUAUUCCACUGAGCUUACUAUCCCAAAACAAUACUCCAAAUCUUCAAGAACUAGUUAUUCAUGAAUGCUCCGAGUUUCUUGGUUUUGUUGGAGAUGAUUAUAUAUUCGAGGUCUACAACAACAGCGAGAAGAAUGGUGAUGACGAUAAUGGAUAUGAUGAUCUCGAAGCAUUAGUAUUCUUUCUAUCUAAAAUGAACUUAGACUCCAACUCCGGCAAUAUCAGCAACUCUCUCUUGUCAUUACAGUUGAUUGAUUGUCCCAAUUUAUGGGUACUCCCAGAUAUAUGGUCAUUCAAUUCUCUCCGGAAAUUAACUAUCUUCAAGUGCGACGAAUUGAAGGAGUUAAUAACAAACUAUCUCGAAGAAUCUUUUAUCUUUCUUCAAGAGUUGAAAGUUGAUUUUAUUCAAAAAGAAUUCAUUCAAGAAGAUCCAACUGAUUCUCGGAAGUUAGUUAAUUUGAUGGAAUUUGUGGAUCAGUGGAAGAAGUAG